AUGCGUCGACGUUUCUAUGGUUACCUGGACGCUCCGCCCAAGAAAGGAAAGUCAUCUAAAAAGGCACGUAAGGUGAGCAAGGCCCAGAAGGCGAAGCUGCUGCAAGAGAAGGAGGAGAGGAGGCUGCAAGAGGAAGAGGAAGCACGACUGCAAGCAGAGAAAGAAGAGCAGGAAAGACUGGAAAGAGAGAGAAAGGAGAAGGAGCUAGAAAGGCUUGAGUUAAAGGACAGAGAGCGCAGCGAAGAUGAGCUUAAUGAACUGCGCCACCUACUGGAGGAGAAUCACACUGCAGUAACCAAAUGGAAACGUGAUGCUGUGGAGACAGAAAAGUGGGAGAGAUACCUGCGUUGUGAUGGUACCCCAGACCCAGCAGUGCAGCAGGACAUUAACACGCAUAUCAGCUUAUGGAGAGAUGACCUGGAGGUCAACAUCACACUCGUGCUCAAGCAGUGUAACCUCGCUCUAAAGCUGAUUGAGGAGCUGGAAGGUAUGCUCAGAGACGUUACACAUCCACAGGAGGGCCAGAAGUACCAGGAAGCUCUCAUACAUUUGCAGGAGCUAAUUCACUCUAAACACCACCUCACCACAGAGGAGAUCCUCAAGAGGGCCAGUGACAACAUCGACACUGAGACAGGCAACAUGCAGACUGUGGUCAAAGAUGACAACAUCACACUGUGUCUCUGGGCCAACCUCAAGAAGAAUCCAAGGUUUAAAGGUUUAUACUUUGAAGAGGCGGGCCUGGGCUUUGAGCUUCCCAAACAUCUGGCUGUGAGCAACAUCGCUGUACGGAUCCUCCACACACGUUAUGACCACCUGUCCUUGCUGGCCAGGAUGGCUCAUCUGAGAAUGCACACUCCCAGCCAUAGAUCUCUUGCAGGCGGUGAGGAGGUUCCAGUUGACAUAGAUGUAACUGAGCAGGUGGAGACAGAAGAAGAGGGGGAGGCAAACAAAGAUGAGACGCAGCAGCAGAGAGUGGAUGAGGAGGUGCAGUCCAUCCAAGGGUUUGAAGGGCAGAAGAGCUCAGCCAGUCUACAGUCAAGGAGAAACAGUGUCCAGCCUACAGAGGGACGAGGCAGCCACGUACAGACACAGAUGGAGGCACUCGGUGCUGAGGGGGACCUGACUUCCCCCUCAGUGGAGCUGACAGUGGUGGACUACGGUGUCCAGGUGGUGGAUUUAAUGCGGUACACACCUCUGGGUGGGGUCCUCUACUAUGACGUGUUUCACCUCCCACCACAAGCCCAUCAGGUCAAUGGCUGGGAAAUCAGACAGCUGCUGGACGAAGGGCUGCAGGUUUUCCCCUACCCUAUGGAGAAGUCUAACCUAGAUGACAACGAAGGGCUCACCUGCCCUCCUGUUGGUGUGACUGUGACACUGCCCGACUUGGUUGUCUUCUUGGAAACUCCCCAAGUGGCUCGCUGGGAUGCUGCAGGGAAGCAGUGGAGAAUGGACGGUAUCACUGACAUCUCUUAUGAGGAGGUGGAGGCCAAGAUCUCCUUUAAGACAGACUCCUUCCAGGCCUUUGUGCUGAUGCAGGAAACUUACGCCAACCUUCCCCUCCAGAGCUGGGAGCUCAGGCCACUGGGCCAAGACUCGGCUCUUUUCACUGUCAAUGGGGCACUCAUCAGCCUCAGUGUCACGAUCCAGGGUAAUCAGUGUAUGUUGCAGUCAGAGCAAGAGAGAGGUCUCUCACACCUGAUAGGGAAGUGGAUGAGUGGCCCCGUCCUGCAGAGAGCCAUGCUAAAUGCUGGGAUCAACAUCUUUGUGAAUGAGUACACGAACAAAUACGUCAGCACCUGCGGCAAGGACCCACUCACAGAACAUGCUGCCUACGAGCAGAUGGCCCUCUUCGCCUCUGCUUGCGCUUUCUCUUGGAGCAAGUGGAAUGCCAAAUGUGGCGCUGAGCAUCUGGUCAUGCAGGUGUGUGAGCAUCACGGCCCCGCCCCUGUGCCUGAGGACUUGUGGAGUCUCUACUUGCUGGGUGCUCAGAGGAGUCAGAAACUGGAGGUCACAGAGAAGAGCGAGGCUUUCUCACCAGACCAUUAUCCCGACAGUGAGUUUCACUCCACCUUCAUCCACAUGCUCCAGGACAACAUGAGCACUGAUGGCAUAGUCAGGACCAGAGAAUCCAAUUAUCUGUUCGUCAAUACAGUACAGAACCUUCUCUGUGCCACCAGACCCCUGAUGUAUUCAUAA